AUGUCAUUGAUUUGCCAUUGAAACAAUCACGAUAAAAUCUAACCCUAAUUUUAUGCCUCAAUAUUAUUUUAAUAGUGGUGAUUUAGAAGAGCAGUUCAUAUAUAUUAUAUCAUAAUCUAGUUAGAUCUUAUAGAAGGUGUAUUUUGAACAUCAAAUAAGAAUGCGUAGUCGAAGUAAUUCAGGUGUCCGCCUGGACUACUAUCAACGAAUUAUCCACAAAAUCAUUAUGUCGAAGCAAAAUCCAGUUACGGGUUUAUUUCCUUUAAAUGAUCAGAAUAACCAUGCAUGGAUCAGGAAUAAUGUGUACUGUAUAAUGUCUGUGUGGGGUCUUUCAAUGGCCUACAAGAAAAUGGCAGAUCAAGAUGAGGAUCGGGCUAAAACCUAUGAGUUAGAGCAAUCGUGUGUAAAGCUGAUGAGGGGGCUUCUGAUGGCUAUGAUGCAACAAAAGGAUAAAGUGGAGAGGUUUAAGCAAACUCAAAACCCUUUAGAUUCGCUGCAUGCAAAGUACUGUUCAGAAACAGGGCAAAUUGUGGUUGGGGAUAAUGAAUGGGGUCACUUACAGAUCGAUGCCGUUUCAUUGUAUCUUCUUAUUCUAGCCCAAAUGACUGCGUCAGGACUCCAGAUUAUUUUUAAUCUGGAUGAAGUAUCAUUCAUACAAAACUUAGUAUUUUACAUUGAGUGCGCCUAUUGCACUCCAGAUUACGGAGUUUGGGAAAGGGGAGAUAAAUCCAAUCACGGCCUUCCUGAAUUAAAUGCCAGCUCAAUUGGCAUGGCGAAGGCUGCCUUGGAAGCUAUGAAUGAGCUCGAUCUCUUUGGAGCCAGAGGAGGACCUUAUAGCGUUAUACACGUAUUAACAGAUGAGGCACAAAAGUGUCAAGCUGUAUUACAGUCGAUGCUUCCGAGGGAAUCUGGUUCUAAGGAAAUCGAUAGUGGACUACUUUCUGUCAUCAGCUAUCCAGCAUUUGCAGUAGACGAUCCAAAUUUAAUAAACACCACGAAAGAAUCAAUAAAAGAAAAAUUACUUGGUAGAUACGGCUGCAAGAGAUUUUUGAGGGAUGGCUAUAAAACUCCCAAAGAGGAUCCAAGCAGACUGUAUUACGAACCAUGGGAGCUGAGAAUGUUUGAAAAUAUUGAAUGUGAAUGGCCAAUGUUCUUCUGUUACUUAAUUAUAGAUUCUCUUUUUGCUGGAGACAGAGGGUCGGCUUUAGAAUAUAUUGAGCGUCUGGAAGAGAUUAUGAUUAAGACUGAAGAUGGAGUGAAAUUAGUUCCGCAACUGUAUGCCGUUCCUGCUGAACUUGUGGCUGGGGAGUACAGAGAACCGGGAACGCAAAAUAGAAUCCCUUUAGGUCAAAGUCCUUUCCUAUGGGCACAAUCCCUAUAUGUUAUCGGGAAGUUACUGGAGGAGAAUUUUCUCGCGCCCGGAGAACUUGAUCCAUUGAAUAGACGACUUUGUGCUGAAAAGAAGCCAGAUGUUGUAGUGCAAGUAGUGAUUUUAGCCGAAGACUCUGAAAUCAAAAGUAAAUUAGCGGAGCACGACAUCCUAGUUCAGACAGUGGACGAACUUGCUCCUAUAGAGGUUCAGCCCGCAAGAAUUUUAUCCCACCUAUACACUUAUCUAGGACGGAACAAGAAGUUAGGUUUAACAGGACGAAAAUCAAAAGAUGUGGGAAUUUUAAGCACUAGCAAACUAUAUUCACUUGGAGAUAAAAUAUUUGCUUUUACACCGCAGAAUAUUGAUAUGAACGAAUACUACAGCAGUUAUGAUUUGGCACUACUCGCCGAUAAGCUCACGACACAUAUUGCGUUUUUAACCAUGAGCUGGCGUAAUCUGCUUGGAAGACCGACUGUUACGGUCGUGGCUACGCGUCAUUAUUUAGAGGAUGGCAGAAUACCCUUAGCUAUGAUCACAACUAUGAAGAAACUGAAAUCUGGAUAUAUAAAUGGAACUCGUGUUACUUUAGGAAACCUAUCCGAAUUUCUAAACACCAGUUCAAUUACAAACUUAAGUUUUCUUGGAUGUCAUGAAGAUGGUGUUCCAGAUACUGAAACGCUAGGUAUGGAAAGCAACGAAACUUUGGAAAGGCGGGGAUCUAUAUUUUUUUCAGCUAGUGCAGAUUUACCGGACAGUGGAACUGGCGAUGUGAAAUAUCCUACAUUGGAAAAAAAUCCCAAAGUUCCUACACCCGAAAAGAAAAUCGAAUUGCCUAUAAUCAGCGUGUCAAGGCAUAGAGCUCAAAGUGAAAGCCAACAGUAUGCGGAUACUGAGGUUGACGAACUAUUUGCUAUGCUAAGAGAGUCGGAAUCAUUAGAUGAACAAGGUGACAUCCUUCAGUUUCUUGUUGCGUCAAAAGGACUCGAUUACAAUACAGAUAUGUUAGAGAAUGGCCGAGUUGUUACAGUGAGAGAUUUGCUCAAAGGACUUUACGAAAAGGCGUGCCAACAAAAGAUGUGGGGCCUUGUUAGACAUACUGCGGGAAUGUUGGGCAAACGAGUGGAAGAUUUAGCCAAAUCUGUAACCGAUCUGUUAGUAAGGCAGAAACAGAUCACAGUUGGAAUGCCUCCAAACAAUGAGCAUACUAUAACGGCCCCUCUACCAGAAAGCGAAUUGAGAUUAUUAAUCCAUGAAGCCUACGGUCAAGACGACAGCACUGCUAUGUUAACACAAGAAUUACUAGUUUAUCUUGCCAUGUUUAUCCGAACAGAGCCUCAUCUCUUUAUGGAAAUGUUGCGAUUGCGAAUCGGCCUUAUUAUUCAAGUGAUGGCUACUGAACUAUCCAGAACUUUAAUUUGCGAUGGGGACGAAGCAUCAGAACAUUUGUUGAACUUGAGCCCUUUUGAGAUGAAGAAUCUCUUAUACCAUAUCAUAAGUGGAAAGGAAUUCGCCAUUAGCAGUGUUGGUCGCGGAAACUUUUCAAUUGUGAGCAACAAAUCAAGUCGUAUAAGCAAGAAAAGUCAUAUUAGUCUUGCUGCUGAUCCGGUUGAUGAUUUAAUCGAACCUGAUCGACAAGGUCAAUGGCUUAGAAGAAGAAGACUCGAUGGGGCUCUUAAUAGAGUGCCCAGAGACUUCUAUCCAAGGGUAUGGAUUGUACUUGAACGUUGUCAUGGUAUUGAUAUCGCUGGAAAAGUACUGCCGCAAUGUUUGACUCAAGAGAUGACACCUGGCGAACUAAAAUUUGCUCUAGCAGUCGAAACCGUUCUCAAUACAAUACCUCAACCCGAAUACCGGCAACUUAUAGUAGAGGCCUUGAUGGUGCUCACUUUGGUUGCAGAAUAUAAUGUUGCUCCGUUUUUGGGUGGAACUAUUCAAAUCGAGUAUCUUGUUCAUAGAGCUAAUGAACUUUUUUUGUCAGACCAGAUGAGUUGUGAUGGAGACGCGACGUUAUGCUGCGCCAAACCAAGAGAUCAGCGCGAAACUACUAAUACUGGAGGUUUAUUGUGUGGUGGAGCAGCUUACAUUUGCCAACAUUUUUACGACAGCGCACCAAGUGGUGCUUAUGGUACAAUGACUUAUUUGACUAGGGCUAUUGCAAUAUAUCUGGAUUGUGUUCCCAAAACUGGAGAACUGGAAUGCCGUAUUUCCUAACUGUACUGGUUAAUAGUCAGGUAUUAGUCAAGGAGUAUAAAAUAUCUCAUUUAUCUUUGUUGGUUUUUAUGUGUGAUUCUAGAGUUUUGCAGUGUUUUGUUGUUUCAAGCAUAUAGAGAUAAUAAA